CCGCACCGCACGUGACGCGGGGCCGCGCGCGCCGGGAGCCGGUGGCUGCGGGAUGGGGCCGCUGCGCGCCGCGUGCGGGCUGUCGCUGCUGCUGCUGGCGGCAGGUGUAGUUCUGAGGCAAUCCCAGGGGCCUGAAGACAGGUGGGGAUAUGUGCAAGUUCGAGAUAAAGCCCACAUGUUCUGGUGGCUUUACUAUGCAAAUAACCCAACCAAAGACUUCACAGAAUUACCUCUCAUCUUGUGGCUUCAGGGAGGUCCAGGAUCUUCAGGCUGUGGGUUUGGGAACUUCGAAGAGAUCGGACCGUUAGACAAAGAACUGAAACCAAGAAAUACAACCUGGUUGCAGGCAGCCAGUGUCUUGUUCGUGGAUAAUCCUGUGGGUACAGGAUUCAGCUAUGUGGAUGAUUGUAGCUUGUUUGCCAAAAACCUUAGCACAGUGGUUUCUGAUAUGAUGGUUUUCCUUGGCGAGUUCUUCACAUGCAGAACAGAAUUCCAGACCAUCCCAUUCUACAUAUUUUCUGAAUCCUAUGGGGGUAAAAUGGCUGCAGGCAUUACUUUAGCACUGCAUGAGGCUGUUCAAAAAGGGACCAUCAAGUGCAAUUUUAUGGGGACUGCUCUUGGAGACUCAUGGAUUUCUCCUUUGGACUCUGUGCUUUCUUGGGGGCCCUACCUUUACAGCACUUCUCUCCUUGAUGAUAAUGGUCUAGCAGAGGUGACUGCUAUUGCCAAAGAAAUAAUGGAUGCAAUAAAUAAAAAUCAAUAUGGGCUGGCCACUGAGCUCUGGAGCAAGGCUGAAAACAUCAUUGAAGAGAACACAGACAAUGUGAACUUUUAUAACAUCAUGACUAAGGAUGUUCCAGAAAUGAAAACAGAUGAACAAGGAAAUCUCCAUCUCAUGCAGCUUUACCAGCGGCACGUCAAACCCAUGCAUAAGGAGAGCCUGAGUGAGCUGAUGAAUGGGCCCAUCAGAAGGAGGCUAAAAAUUAUUCCUGACUGUGUGAAAUGGGGAGGCCAAUCCAGAGAUGUCUUUGAGAAUAUGGCUGAGGACUUCAUGAAACCUGUCAUUGAUAUUGUUGAUCAGCUUUUGGCAGCCAACAUCAAUGUUACAGUCUACAAUGGGCAGCUGGAUCUCAUUGUUGACACCAUGGGUCAGGAGGCAUGGAUCCGGAAACUGAAAUGGCCUAGUUUGGAGCAGUUCAGCCAGCAAAGGUGGAAGGCACUCUAUGUGUCUCCAGAAUCCAUUGACACAGCUGCUUUCUACAAGGCAUAUGAGAACUUUGCCUUCUUCUGGAUUCUUAAGGCUGGGCACAUGGUACCAUCUGAUCAAGGAGAGAUGGCACUGAAGAUGCUCAGGAUGGUGACCCAACAGCAGCAGUAGGGACAGAGAGGACAGCUGGGGUGGCUUCCAGCCGGGUGCCACUGCUCUUGCGAAACUGCAAAUCCAGAAUAAUAAGCUGCAGGAGGAACAACAGCUGUUUGGACACAAAGCCUCUCUGAUCUUGCAUUUUUUUUCUUUGAAUGAGUUGUUGCUUUUGAAUUUGUAAGCUGUGAUUUGCUGCCUUAAUACUGUUCAUAAUGACUCUUCCAGAGGGAAGUCCACUGUCAUAAACAAUUAGCUCUGAGUCUUUGCCUUCAACUUGAAAGGAUUUGGUGCUUUUGUAAGAAGCUGCCCUUCCCUGAAUGCUCUCUUGUCUUUUCACAAACCAAGACUAGAAUUUGAAUCCUGAUAGAUUUGGGUUUUUUGCCUCUUGCAGAGCUAACCUGUUUCAUGAGGCUGUGGAAUGUUCCUUCCUUUGUCCUCAGGCUUGAGUUGCCUGAGUGGAUUACCAGCCAAAGACAUGGAAAGGCCAGGAGAGAGGACCUGCCCUAGAGGAGUUACAGUCCGUCUUACCUUGAUGGGAUGCCUGAGUUAGGAUCCAAGAUUCUUCAGGCUUCCUGUGCUAUGGAGAGAGAAGAACAGCUCCCAGAGGAGGAUUUGACCUUUUUCAGCUGUCUGUUUGUUUCUUGUUUUCAUUCUCUUUCAUGACCGUUACUCAAACUUUGCCUUUAGCUGUAACACCAAAGCACAUCCAGCAGGAAUUCCUGCUUGCCUGUGCUGAACCAGGAGCCCUGUUAAUACUCUCUUCUUGUACAGCAGAGAAUCCUGAUGGACCUUCAGAGCUUACCCUAGAGAGUGAAAAGGAGAGCAGCAUUAUUUGAGCAAUAAUUGCAUAAUUCUGAAAGAUAUCAGCAGUGUUUGAGAGAGAUGUAUGAGCUUGAGAGAUGUAUGAUCUAGAACCAGUAUCUUGAUGCAUAUUUUUCUAGAGCCUUUUUUAAGUCUUGCAGAGGCCUAUGAUGUUGAAACAACUUUUUUUUAAUGUGUAGUUCACAGUCCAUCAUUAGAGUUCUGUGGAGCACAAAGUGACUGUUCUUUACUGGUGUCUGAUAGAAGGCACAACAGCUUGUUCCAACUGUCAGAAUCCUAAAUAAAUAGCAAACCCUCAGUUA